GAUGAAAUUAGGGUUACCCUCUCCUUGUAAACACCGUCACCGAUUCUUAAAAGAAAAAAAACGUAAAAAGGCGACGGACAUUCCAACCUUGAACACGUCAGGAUCUUCAAAAAACCCUAAAUAUCCUCUUCUUAAAACCUCUCUCUCGCAGAUCUAGAGUCUUCAAGCUUAUCAUCAAUGGCCUCCAUCACCAUCGACUCACUUCCAUCUUCUCAGAUCGUCGCAAGAAGCCAGAUCUUUCCAUCAAAGAACCAUAUUUCCCCUGCAAUUUCGCUUCCUUCUAACAAAUUCUCCAAUUUCAAAAAAUGUAAUGUCAGGAUCAGAGCUCAGUCCUCUGCUGUCCCGACUGAUCUGAAGGCUGUGGGGAUUCUGCCACCUUUUGAAUUCGACGUGGUCUCGGAAGCAGAGUUGAAGAAGAAGGGGUUUCUGGGGCUGAGGAAGACUAAGCUCGUCUGUACGGUGGGCCCUGCCUGCAGUUCUUUGGAGGAGUUGGAAGCGCUGGCAACGGGAGGGAUGAACGUUGCGAGGCUCAACAUGUGUCAUAACACGAGAGAGUGGCAUAAGGAUGUGAUCCGGAACAUCAAGAGGUUGAAUGAGGAAAAUGGGUUUUGCAUUUCGCUGAUGAUUGAUACGGAAGGGAGUCAGAUGCAUAUGGUCGAUUUGGGGGAUGCUUCGUCUGUUAAAUCUGAGGAUGGGUCUAUGUGGUUAUUUACAACUCAAAAGUUUGAGGGCCGUCGUCCAUUUACGGUUCAAGCAAACUACGAAGGAUUUGCUGAAGGUAUUGCAGUGGGAGAUGAACUUGUUAUUGAUGGUGGAAUGGCUAGCUUUGAAGUUGUUGAAAAAAUCGGUAAUGAUUUGAGUUGCAGGUGCACAGACCCUGGUCUACUUCUGCCUCGAGCAAAAUUGACCUUUUGGAGGGAUGGGAAGCUUGUUGGGAAGAAUUUCGGGCUCCCAACCCUAUCAACAAAGGAUUGGGCUGAUAUCGACUUUGGAAUAUCAGAGGGUGUUGAUUUUAUUGCUGUGUCACUUGUUAAGGAUGCUAAUGAUAUUAAGGACCUAAAGAACUAUCUGUCCACAAGAUCAUCUGAGUCUAUCAGAGUUUUGGCAAAGAUUGAAAGCUUGGAGUCUCUUGAGAAUUUGGUAGACAUUAUAGAGGCUUCUGAUGGCGUCAUGGUGGCACGCGGUGAUCUUGGAGUGCAAAUUCCACUCGAACAAAUCCCUGCUGUGCAAGAGCAAAUAACACAUAUCUGUAGGCAAUUGAACAAGCCAGUGAUUGUGGCUUCUCAGCUUCUUGAGUCAAUGGUUGAAUAUCCAACCCCAACUCGUGCUGAGGUUGCAGAUGUUUCUGAGGCUGUUCGCCAGUACGCUGAUGCUUUGAUGCUAUCGGGUGAGUCCGCGAUUGGAUCAUAUGCAGAGAAGGCUCUUUCUGUCUUGCGCAUGGCUAGUGGACGGAUGGAGCUUUGGAGUCGUGAGGAAAACCGGCAAAGUCUUCUCUCUCAGCGUCAACUUGCAGUGUCAUUGUCUGAACGGAUAGCUGAGCAGAUUUGUGACAGCGCCGUUGAAAUGGCUAACAACCUUGGCGUCGAUGCCAUUUUUGUGUACACAACGCAUGGAAAAAUGGCGUCACUUCUGUCGCGCAACCGUCCAAAUCCUCCCAUAUUUGCAUUCACCAACACAAGCAGCACUAGAAAGGGUCUGAACUUGCAGUGGGGGGUUAUUCCCUUGGGAGUUGAGUUAUCAAAUGACAUGGAAGAUAACAUCGAGAAGACCUUUGACCUCAUAAAGGCGAGAGGGAUGGUGAAUACCGGGGAUGUCGUUUUGGUGGUCUCAGAUAUGACCACCUCUUCACAUGAAACCCCUUCUGCUUUCCAAUCAAUUCAGGUGCGGACCAUCGUCUAAUUUCACCGUGUACUUGAUGUAUCCAUGUUCAAGAUUUUGAUUCUAGCAUUAGAGCAGUGCCCAAGCUGUAUGGGUACGGUGUCUAGGCUAUUUGCUAGGGUGAGAUGGACUUGUGUUUGAUUUUUGUCAUGAAAUCUCCACAGAGCAGUUUGAUCU